AUGGCCAUGCAGACGGAUCUUUCAGACAGCGAUCCCACCCUGGAUUUAGUCAAGAAAUUAUCAUCAGGUUCAAUGAAAGAGGCAGAUCAUCCAAUUCUGAAAAAGGCCUUAAAGCACAAGAAACGUUCAGCAAGACGUCAGACUCUGGAAAAGAAGGGAUCUGACAAGGACCAAGAUAAAUCUAAAUUCACUAAACCUGCCUCAACGUCUAAGGAACCUCCAACACAGCCCGAUUCUAGUCUGGACUCAGUGAAAAGGAAACUUCCUAAGACACAGCUUCCCAGAUCUGAGAGUGAGGCAGCACCUGAUCAAAAUGAAACAAUCUCCAAAUCUCCAGCCACAGCUGAUGAGGUCAACCGUGAAGAGACUGAGCAACAGGAAGGGGAUGGUUGGAAGGCACUGCUGGAGUCCGAUAGUAAUCCACAAAUAUCGGAAGCUGGAGCGUCUGGAAAAGUAUCUGAUACUUCGAGUGAUCAAGCUGCAACCAAGGUUCUUGGACAGGCUCCUGAGGGUGAAGACAUUUUUGAAAUGAUGGUUUCCUUGGCAUUGAAUGAACUGGAGAUGGAAGCAAGUGAUACUGAAGAGCAGAGACGCCAUUUGAAAACUGGUGACAGAUGUAAAAAGGUGAUUUUAUUUCCUGAAGUAGUGGUGACAGACCGAAAACAAGGCAUCCUGGGCUUCAAAAUGCACAGAUACGUACGAGAACAAGAGAAAGCAGUCGAUAAAAAACAUCAUAAAGCGAAGACAGGAUCCACAAAGGGGCACUCCCAGCAAAAGGCAACAUGCAGAUAUGUACGAAAGGAUGAGCCUUCUGUGGAAAGGUUGGAUUCGGAACGCAUUCUGAAUGUGCUCCAAAGGGAUAAUCCAGUGCGUGUCCGGGGGACUCAUCCAGAAGGUGUGGCCGGCAAUACACCGAGCAAGCAAGAAACACAGCCACGUGGUGGUGCUGAAGAAUCAGCCCAGAAGACAUCAUCACAAGAGCCCUCCAAAAAGAAACCAACCCAAGAUGAUUGAAUAUUGUUAUCUGUAAUAGAAGAUGGUCACCAGGAACAUUUCUGCUGAAGACAG